GGGGGGGGGGCGCUUCGUAGAAAGCAGAUUUUUACAAACCGAUUCCGAGUUCCGACGAUAAGACAACACAACGUUUCGCAUGCAAGCUGCUUUUUCUCAGAGUAAUACUUACAGCACACAAUGCAACAACGCCUUCAUUAGCCAAGCUGACACCGUGUACUCAUCAUCGAGAUUCUGGUGGAGAAAUGAACAACGAUGGGUGAAUUUUUUAGCAAACUCCUAGAGGAAUUUGGAGAUAGAGAUAAACAUCAGGCAGCGUAUACAGUACGGGUUAAGACCGGCGAUUGUCGUAACGCCGGUACGGAUGCCAAUAUCUACAUCGCACUUCACAGUAAAGACGAUGAACGGACCAAGAAUGUGAAGCUUUCCGGAAGCAUUUGGCAGGAUAAUUUUGAACGAGGAGAUUUUAACACCUUUAAACCCAAGGAACUUACUGACAAAGGCCCUGUCCUGAAACUUGACGUAUGGCGAGAUCUUGCAGGCUUAAAUGAUUCUUGGUACGUCGACAUCAUUGAAGUCGAGCGUCACUCAACCACCACCAAGUAUAUCUUUCCUGUCAAUCGUUGGGUGGUUGACAAGCCUCGUCUUCAGUUAGUCGAAUGGGAUAGUCGAUUACCACAGGAUGAUGAAGAUCGUAAAGAUCAAAGAUUAGCUGAACUUGAUGCAAUGAAGAAGAAAUAUGAUUUCGUCUGGAGAUUCGAAGGUGUUAUGCCUCAGGCUCGUGAAGUACCAAUGGAGGAGAUGAUCACGUAUGGAUACGAGUGGGACCUAGCGAAGCAGAGCUUGGCUCUCAGCUUACAGGGCAUCUUUACACGAGUGAGGGCGACGUUUUGGAAUUCUCUGGAUGAUAUGCGAGACAUCUAUGGUGGAGACUUGCCACCACCAGCGUGUCUUUCGCGAUGGCGGAAGGAUACAGCGUUUGGUAUGCAGAGGUUAGUUGGUUGUAACCCAAUGCAGAUCCGGCUGUGUAAGAAGAUACCGAUGAAAAUGCCAGUGACCGAUGACUUGCUGAAACCGUUCUUAGAAGGGAUGUCUAUUGGCAAAUCAAUUCGAAAGAAACAACUGUUCAUCAUAGACUAUGAGAUUCUAAAAGAAAUGCCUCUGCGGCAGGGUGGGGAGUUACCCGCUCCGAUAGCCUUGUUUUUCGUCAACAAGGAUAAGAAUCUGGUCCCGGUCGCAAUUCAACUGUUCCAGGAACCAAACGAAAACAACCCGAUUUUCGUUCCAACUGACCCAGAAUACACGUGGAUGUUAGCGAAGAUGUGGUUCAACGUAGCUGAUGCUUCAUAUCAUCAGUCUAUUUGUCAUAUGGGAAUGUCACAUAUUCUCAUGGAGUCUAUUGCUGUAGCAACGCAUCGAUGUCUGUCUCCAUCUCAUCCUCUCAGUCGUCUACUCGCUCCCCACUUCCGGUUUCUCUUAGGAAUCAACCACGUUGGUUAUGAUACCUUGUUCGGUGAAGACGGUUGGAUUGAAGAGACCUUGCUUAUCGGUCGGAAAGGAAUGAUGGAAUUGAUUCGUCGAGUCUGGAAGGACUGGAACAUUUCAAAGAAUGGUCACAUGGUACAUGACCUUGAGGAAAGAGGUGUCAACGACCCGGAAGUAUUACCGAACUAUCAUUACCGAGAUGAUGGUACGCUGAUAUACGAAGCGAUCGAAGAAUAUGUUAGGACGGUUGUCAAUGGUUACUACGGGCAUGCUAAAAAGAUUAAGGCUGACCCGGAAGUGCUUGAAUGGGGAAGAACAUUGUCGACUGAACCUUCUGCAGCAUCUCCUCAUACAUGUGGAAUAAAGGGAAUUCCUAGUGAUGGCAAGUUUCGAAACGGUCAACAACUGACUGAACUUCUGACCAAUAUCAUCUACAUCUGUACAGCUGGACAUGCAGCAGUAACCUUUACACAGUAUGAUGAGUAUGGAUUCGUACCCAGCUAUCCGGGAUGUCUCAGGGGAACCCCACCUAAAGAUAAGGGUGUUAGGACAGAGAAUGACGUGUUAGAAACACUACCACCUAAAGACUGGACCAUUCGAGCUAUGGUGAUGUCCAGGAUCUUGAGUAAGAGAGAUACCAAACCUCUGGGUGAUUUUGAGGUGCAGUAUAUGUAUGAUCCCAUCGGCAAGAAGGCUAUUGAGACAUUACACGAGGAAUUGAAAGCAGUUACAGCGGAGAUUGAUAAACGAAACAAGGAGCGCGUCCGACCCUACCUUGUCCUUCACCCAAGCUGCAUCCCAAAUUCAAUUGCUAUCUAAGAUCUUUCGAGCGGUAGAAAGAGUUUGCAUCCCAAAUUCAAUUGCUAUCUAAGAUCUUUGAGCGGUAGAAAGAGUCUGCAUCCCAAAUUCAAUUGCUUUCUAAGAUCUUUGAGCGGUAGAAAGAGUCUGCAGUGUUGUUGUACAUUUGUGAGAAUAAAGUAU